AUGGUUAAGCAUAACAGCAUUAAGGAGUAUAAAUUGGUUGUCGUCGGCGGGGGUGGUGUUGGUAAAUCGGCCCUGACUAUCCAGCUAAUUCAGGCACACUUUGUUGACGAAUAUGAUCCAACUAUAGAGGACUCUUACCGCAAGCAGGUCGUGAUUGAUGGGGAGGUCUCCAUUCUCGAUAUUCUGGACACUGCGGGACAGGAGGAAUACUCAGCUAUGCGGGAGCAAUACAUGCGUACCGGCGAGGGAUUUUUGCUAGUAUACUCAGUGACCUCACGUACUUCUUUUGAAGAACUUAUGACAUAUUACCAACAAAUAUUGCGAGUAAAGGAUGUAGAAUAUGUCCCGAUAUUUGUUGUUGGGAAUAAGUCCGACUUGGAAGGUGAGCGUCAGGUGUCCUAUGAGGACGGUGCCAGUCUUGCCCGUCACUUUAACGCGUCGUUUUUGGAGACAUCUGCAAAGCAGGCGAUCAACGUUGAGGAGUCGUUCUAUGGUCUUGCUCGUCUAGUCCGUGACGAAAGUGCCACAUUCAACGCUAAUAACCGUCGCCUAGACAGCAGUGACGACGCUGCUGCUCCAGCUGGUAACACGGCAAGUCUUAUGGAUUCCGGUGCUGCAGGUAGCAGAGAUGACCCUGAUGUCAUCGGCGAUUUUGCCGCAGACUCGCAGUCUCACUCCGCUGCCGUUUUGGCACCCAGCGCUGCAGAACGUGACUCUCACGCUCCUGCAGACUCCCAAAUCGCUAAUCCGCAACGCGCUGUCCGCUCUCGCCAGCAGCAGUCCCCUGGAAGCGGGACUGCCGCCGCAAAGAACUCGUCCAAUUCCUGCUGUGUCAUCUGCUGA